AUGGGCGCCCGUGCCUCUGGGCGCCCGUGCCUCUGGGCGCCCGUGCCUAUGGGCGCCCGUGCCUCUGGGCGCCCGUGCCUCUGGGCCCGUGCCUCUGGGCGCCCGUGCAUCUGGGCGCCCGUGCCUCUGGGCGCCCGUGCUCUGGGCGCCCGUGCCUAUGGGAGCCCGUGCCUCUGGGCGCCCGUGCCUAUGGGCGCCCGUGCCUCUGGGCGCCCGUGCCUCUGGGCGCCCGUGCCUCUGGGCGCCCGUGCCUCUGGGCGCCCGUGCCUCUGGGCGCCCGUGCCUCUGGCGCCCGUGCCUCUGGGCGCCCGUGCCUCUGGGCGCCCGUGCCUCUGGGCGCCCGUGCCUCUGGGCGCCCGUGCCUCUGGGCGCCCGUGCCUCUGGGCGCCCGUGCCUCUGGGCGCCCGUGCCUCUGGGCGCCCGUGCCUCUGGGCGCCCGUGCCUCUGGGCGCCCGUGCCUCUGGGCGCCCGUGCCUCUGGGCGCCAGUGCCUCUGGGCGCCCGUGCCUCUGGGAGCCCGUGCCUCUGGGCGCCCGUGCCUCUGGGCGCCCGUGCCUCUGGGCGCCCGUGCCUCUGGGCGCCCGUGCCUCUGGGCGCCCGUGCCUCUGGGCGCCCGUGCCUCUGGGCGCCCGUGCCUGGGCGCCCGUGCCUCUGGGCGCCCGUGCCUCUGGGCGCCCGUGCCUCUGGGCGCCCGUGCCUCUGGGCGCCCGUGCCUCUGGGCGCCCGUGCCUCUGGGCGCCCGUGCCUCUGGCGCCCGUGCCUCUGGGCGCCCGUGCCUCUGGGCGCCCGUGCCUCUGGGCGCCCGUGCCUCUGGGCGCCCGUGCCUCUGGGCGCCCGUGCCUCUGGGCGCCCGUGCCUCUGGGCGCCCGUGCCUCUGGGCGCCCGUGCCUCUGGGCGCCCGUGCCUCUGGGCGCCCGUGCCUCUGGGCGCCCGUGCCUCUGGGCGCCCGUGCCUCUGGGCGCCCGUGCCUCUGGGCGCCCGUGCCUCUGGGCGCCCGUGCCUCUGGGCGCCCGUGCCUCUGGGCGCCCGUGCCUCUGGGCGCCCGUGCCUCUGGGCGCCCGUGCCUCUGGGCGCCCGUGCCUCUGGGCGCCCGUGCCUCUGGGCGCCCGUGCCUCUGGGCGCCCGUGCCUCUGGGCGCCCGUGCCUCUGGGCGCCCGUGCCUCUGGGCGCCCGUGCCUCUGGGCGCCCGUGCCUCUGGGCGCCCGUGCCUCUGGGCGCCCGUGCCUCUGGGCGCCCGUGCCUCUGGGCGCCCGUGCCUCUGGGCGCCCGUGCCUCUGGGCGCCCGUGCCUCUGGGCGCCCGUGCCUCUGGGCGCCCGUGCCUCUGGGCGCCCGUGCCUCUGGGCGCCCGUGCCUCUGGGCGCCCGUGCCUCUGGGCGCCCGUGCCUCUGGGCGCCCGUGCCUCUGGGCGCCCGUGCCUCUGGGCGCCCGUGCCUCUGGGCGCCCGUGCCUCUGGGCGCCCGUGCCUCUGGGCGCCCGUGCCUCUGGGCGCCCGUGCCUCUGGGCGCCCGUGCCUCUGGGCGCCCGUGCCUCUGGGCGCCCGUGCCUCUGGGCGCCCGUGCCUCUGGGCGCCCGUGCCUCUGGGCGCCCGUGCCUCUGGGCGCCCGUGCCUCUGGGCGCCCGUGCCUCUGGGCGCCCGUGCCUCUGGGCGCCCGUGCCUCUGGGCGCCCGUGCCUCUGGGCGCCCGUGCCUCUGGGCGCCCGUGCCUCUGGGCGCCCGUGCCUCUGGGCGCCCGUGCCUCUGGGCGCCCGUGCCUCUGGGCGCCCGUGCCUCUGGGCGCCCGUGCCUCUGGGCGCCCGUGCCUCUGGGCGCCCGUGCCUCUGGGCGCCCGUGCCUCUGGGCGCCCGUGCCUCUGGGCGCCCGUGCCUCUGGGCGCCCGUGCCUCUGGGCGCCCGUGCCUCUGGGCGCCCGUGCCUCUGGGCGCCCGUGCCUCUGGGCGCCCGUGCCUCUGGGCGCCCGUGCCUCUGGGCGCCCGUGCCUCUGGGCGCCCGUGCCUCUGGGCGCCCGUGCCUCUGGGCGCCCGUGCCUCUGGGCGCCCGUGCCUCUGGGCGCCCGUGCCUCUGGGCGCCCGUGCCUCUGGGCGCCCGUGCCUCUGGGCGCCCGUGCCUCUGGGCGCCCGUGCCUCUGGGCGCCCGUGCCUCUGGGCGCCCGUGCCUCUGGGCGCCCGUGCCGCGCCUGGGCGCGGGGGGUUGCUGGAGGAAGAACGGGCGGAGAGCAGAGAUGCAGUGGAAUAGAGGAAUGCUGUCGCAGCGGCAUCCUACCCGCCUCGCCUCCCUACUGCUCCCCGUCUCUCCCGCCAUGGCCGCGUGGAGCGCCGGCAUUACCGCCGACUUCCUCGGCAGCGCUCUCUUGCCUCCUGCGGAUAAUGGCGCCUCGCGUUCCCUUGGUAUAACCGAUCGUCGCGCGCCUGCCCAUUUCCGGUAUAAUUUUAGCUCGCCGCCCAUUCCCACUGCCGCCCUGUUUUCACCCGGCGCGCGCGAUUCCCCUAGCGUGUCCUGCCUCGUGUCGCUCCGCCCUCCACUCUCACGCGUCCGCGCAAUCUCCGCGUCCGCCGCUUCUUCCAGCGAUUCGGACGGCCCAGAUCUCUCCCCGCGGCCGUCCCUCCCUGAUCCGACGCCGCGCGCCGUUCUACAUUUUCCGCCGGCCGAGGGAUUCGGGGAGGAGCUGGCGAAGCUUCUGACGAUGCUUCCGGGGAAGGUUCGCGACGUUCUGCAGCGGCAUCCGGCCGUCCAUUCGCUGGUGGAGGUCGUUCUCGAUCUCGGCCGUCGGCCCGUCGCACGGUUCCCCGUGGGCGACGUUUUCGUGUGCGACGAGGUGGUAACAGCGGGCGACAUUGAAUACUGCGUGUCGCAGGUUGGAGAGUUCGGCGCGGACAACCGCGCGGGGAUAGACCGCACGCUGCACCGCAUCAGCGCCAUCCGCAACCGCGCGGGGAGGAUCAUCGGGCUGACGUGCCGCGUGGGGCGCGCGAUUUCGGGCAGCGCGGAGAUGGUGCGCGACCUGGUGGCGGGGGGCGAGUCCGUGCUGCUCAUGGGCGCGCCGGGCGUGGGGAAGACCACCGCCAUCAGGGAGGUGGCACGCAUUUUAGCGGACGAGUGCAUGAGGAGGGUGGUGGUGGUGGAUACGAGCAAUGAGAUCGCGGGUGACGGGGACAUCGCGCAUGCCGCCAUCGGCUCGGCGCGGCGUAUGCAAGUGCCACAUGUGGAGCUGCAGCACCAGGUGAUGAUAGAGGCGGUGGAGAACCACAUGCCGCAGGUGGUGAUAAUCGAUGAGAUCGGGUCGGAGCUGGAGGCGGCAGCAGCGGCCACGAUAGCGCAGCGGGGCGUGCAGCUCAUCGCCACGGCGCACGGUCGCUCUGUGGAGAAUCUCGUCAAGAACCCGCACCUGCACACGCUGGCAGGAGGCGUGCAGACAGUGACGCUGGGCGACGAGGAGGCGAGGAGGAGGGGAGUGCAGAAGAGUGUGAUGGAGAGGGGAGGCCCGCCCGUGUUCCAAGCAGCAGUGGAGAUGCACUCCCGCGGGCGGUGGACCGUGCACCGCAACCUUGCUGCCACUGUUGACGCGCUGCUCUCAGGACUCGGCCGCUGGACCGUGCAUCGCAUCUUGGCUGCCACCUGGAGAUGCAUUCUCGUGUCCGCUGGACCACAUGCGCUCCCUUCCAUUCUCGUGUCCGCUGGACCACAUGCGCUCCCUUCCAUUCUCGUGUCCGCUGGACCACAUGCGCUCCCUUCCAUUCUCGUGUCCGCUGGACCACAUGCGCUCCCUUCCAUUCUCGUGUCCGCUGGACCACAUGCGCUCCCUUCCAUUCUCGUGUCCGCUGGACCACAUGCGCUCCCUUCCAUUCUCGUGUCCGCUGGACCACAUGCGCUCCCUUCCAUUCUCGUGUCCGCUGGACCACAUGCGCUCCCUUCCAUUCUCGUGUCCGCUGGACCACAUGCGCUCCCUUCCAUUCUCGUGUCCGCUGGACCACAUGCGCUCCCUUCCAUUCUCGUGUCCGCUGGACCACAUGCGCUCCCUUCCAUUCUCGUGUCCGCUGGACCACAUGCGCUCCCUUCCAUUCUCGUGUCCGCUGGACCACAUGCGCUCCCUUCCAUUCUCGUGUCCGCUGGACCACAUGCGCUCCCUUCCAUUCUCGUGUCCGCUGGACCACAUGCGCUCCCUUCCAUUCUCGUGUCCGCUGGACCACAUGCGCUCCCUUCCAUUCUCGUGUCCGCUGGACCACAUGCGCUCCCUUCCAUUCUCGUGUCCGCUGGACCACAUGCGCUCCCUUCUCCCAACCUCUCCCUCUCUACGUCCGCUCACUUCCAUCGUCACUCUCUCCCUCUGUGCGCUCGCCACUGCCCCUCCCCCAUGGGGUACCUCACUCACAGGCAAGGCACCGCAGGUGGAGCUACGGGAGAUGGGGCAGCAUGGGGAGGUGUGGGUGGAUGGCGAUGCUGCCACCGCUGCCAGCGCUCAUAA